UUUCUGCGCGAUCUCCCCGUUUGGUCUUCCAUCGAACGCUUUUGGGCCGAGCCGGGCCGGGGUCAUUCCUGCCACCCAGAUUUGUUGGCGCCCAGAUUUGCGGGGCUGUGCUUAGAGCCCUUGGAUGGAGCGCCGAGAUUCAAGUGAGCGAGGGCGCGGUUCCCGAAAGUUGCUCGGGCGGCAUCUUUAGCGGCGAGGCAGGAGCUCCGCUGGUAGGAGGGAUUGCCGUAGGAUGAAGAGCCGAAGCGCCGCGGUCACAAACAUUGGAAAAUGACGCCUCGUUCUCGGAAUGGAAAAGAAGCGCUUGAUGCAAAGGCCCAGGGAACGCUCCCCCGCUGACCCUUGGCCUCUUUGCGGUCCAGUGAAUUAGUUUGAUCAGGGAAAAAAGGGCUUUUUCGUCCCGGGCCGCUACAGUUUCGGAAACGGCUGCCAGAUUUCAUAAUUGCAGCUUUUAAGGAAGCCCCCUCUUUCUCUUCCUCUCAAGUCUUUCAUGGCUCUCUUUCCAGUUCCUGGCAGAAACUUUCAAUCUGUGGAAACUGCAGGUUUUAUUUAUGUUGUAUGCUUACAAUGUUAUCUGUCCAAAUUGCCUUGAACGAGUUUCUGCCUAGAAAUACUUUAAAUCGGAAUGAAAGGGCAUCCAGACUGGGGAUUAUGGGAAUUCAUAUCCAAUACAUCUGAAAGGCAUUCAGAAGACUGGCUUCUGAGUUAAAUAUACUUUUUUUGCAGCUAGUGGUCUCCCUUGACUUAAUUCGUGGAAUGUGGACAAUCUUUAGGAUAUGGAAAUAGGUUGAUGCCUAUUGCAACAAUGACAGCUACUUAACAGUUGUCUGCAUCCAGGGCCAAUGUUAAGAAGCUGUUUUUCUAUCACAUUGCUUUUUUAGUUUUAAACAGAAGAGAACUAAUAUGAAUUCAUUUUCUGUUGGGCAAGACAAUAUGACCUGGGUCAUGGAAUUACUGAACAGUAUCAAUAUGUCUCCAUAUAAUAUCAUAAACAGUUUCACGGAUUACUCAGCAUACUUUUUCUGGGUGUCAGUACUGUUCCUACUUCUCUUUUCUCCUGUUUUAAUAAUUCUUGGUUUUAUUUAUCUUUCUAAUUUUCUCUUGCAUAUUUAUAAGAGAAAAGUUAACUUAAAGGAAGAUUAUCUCAGUCAAUCAUGGGACAAGGGACGGAAGGCUGUGGCUCACCUUUGGGACAUGUACAGUACACUGUGGCAUGGUUAUGAGAUACAUGGGAUGGAUAAAGUACCAGAAGGACCAGGGCUUAUCGUAUUUUACCAUGGAGCCUUUCCUCUAGACUAUUUCUACUUUGUAUCUAGAUUAUAUUUAAGAACAGGCAGAUUUUGCCGCACAGUGGUUGAUUACCAUUUUUCCAAAAUACCAGGUAUAAAACUGUUUUAUAAUGUGGAAGGCCUUACACAUAAUGGAAGGACAGAAUGUACUGAAAUUCUGAAAAGGGGAUACUUAUUGGGAGUUUUACCAGGUGGAACCCGAGAAGCACUGUUUAGUGAUGAGAACUAUGAGCUUUUAUGGGGUCGCCGGACAGGCUUUGCUCAUGUGGCUAGAGAUGCAAAAGUGCCUGUCAUUCCUAUAUUUACAAAAAAUCUACGAGAAGGAUACAGAACACUUGGGAAAAUAUGGCCAUUCAAAUGGUUGUAUGAACGUACCCGAUGGCCAAUUGUUCCUGUAUAUGGUGGAUUUCCUGUGAAAUUUUGCACAUACAUAGGGGAUCCCAUUCCUUACGAUCCAAAUAUAUCAGCUGAAGAAUUAGCUGAAAAGACCAAAAAUGCAAUAAAAGAUCUCAGAGAUAAAUAUCAAGAAAUACCGGGUAACAUACAAAGAGCACUAUUGGAACGGUUUGAAAAAUGCCCAGAGAAAUGAUGCCAUUCUGCUUGUGAAAAUGUAGAUCUCCAUUCGCCCCCACCAAGAAAUAUAUUGUGCUAGUGAUUUGAGGUUUUUUAGAAAAAAAUAGUUCACUUCAGUCACUAAAUUUUAAUAUACGUGUGUUAAAUAUGCAAGUGGAAUAUCUAUUUGUUGCUUGUUUGCAAUUUUAGAUUUGUUGAUUUAUUGUGUAUAUUUCGCAUAUAGAAAAGAGAUAUAGGUUUGGUGAUCUGAACUUCUUCACAUUAAUAUUUUUAGUGAUGACCGACCUUUUUGAUGUAUUUGCAAUCAUUUAAUAAAUAUUGUUCUACUUAAAAUUGGAAAAGAAAAUUUGCUCAAACUUCUUAUCCCUGAAAAAAAUAGAUUCAGUGGUGCUCAACUUUUUUUUAAUGGCACAGGAAUGUGCAAAUUCAUAUAAGAUUUAAUUCAAAAUUCCUAUAUAAGGUCCUAUUUAGAUGUUACUCAGAUUUUAAACUGAUUCAGAAUUUAAUUUGAUCACACAUGCAACUAUAGGCUAUAAUGAAGAAACAUUAAAACUCCUACACCUACUUCAUA